UCAUUGUUUUAUGUGUGGCUUGGCAGUGCAAGGCCCGAAGAUGGCUGCAGGAUCAGGCGCGUCAAGCGGCCAAAGUCGUGGUUUGCCUGUGGCUCUGGAGUCAACUUUGGACCGACGGUUUCAAGGAGUGUCGAACACAAUGGAAUCAAUUCAAGGACUAUCAAAUUGGUGCAUUGAGAACAAGAAAUACCACAGCCUUAUCGUGCGUUACUGGAUUAAAUGGUUGAGGAAAUCUGAGGCUUCUCAUCGGCUCAAUUUGUUCUACCUCGCCAACGAUGUCAUUCAGAACUGUAAGAGGAGAAAUGCCAUCGUCUACCGUACUGCCUUCGCCGACGUGCUCCCUGAGGCCUUCCAGCUGGUCAAUAAUGUCGGAGACUCUAAGGUGAUGAAGUCGGUGGACAGGAUAUUAACCAUCUGGGAGGAGAGGAGUGUGUACACAGAGCAGCUUAUAGCUGAGCUGAGGUCCAGUCUUGUCAAAGAAGAGUCACCUGCUGCUGUAGAGACGCCUAAAGCUCCAGUCAACCCUAAGGCUGCUCUUCAAUCUAAGAUUGUAGCCGAAUUUGUCCCCCAGGCUUUYAUCGAUCACCUCUCUAAGUACCACAGCUCUGUGGAGGAGGUGUCACUGAAGGAGAAACAGCUGGCAGCCAUGAGGGUGGAUGUUUGCAGCACCGAGGCCCUCAAGAGACUGAAAGAUAAGGCAGGAGGAAAGAGGCACUCCAAGGACUUUGAGGAUGGCAGUGCGAAGUUAAAGGAGUUUGUUUCCUUCCUUGACCGGCAGAUCAAAGGAGGGCCCCCUCUGUUGGAUGUUCUUGGCAACGCAGAUAUUUUCUACGAGAUGCAGUAUAAGGAGGUCAAGAUAGUUGCCAAUGCCUACAAGACGUUUGCCAACCGGGUGUCCCACCUCAAGCGUAAGCUGGACAGCCUCAAGGCCACCUUACCAGACCUGGAUGAGUCGCCCAUUCCCUCGCCCUCGAUGGACGCCCCCUCUCCCAAUGGCUCAGAGUCCCCGUUCCAUGACCUGGCUGACCCAGACUCCGACCUGGAUGGCCUGGCCAUGGAUGAUGAGGCGGACAUCACUUUAGGGGAAGCACCCAGCCCCCUGUCCUCCCCUGGUGGCUCCCCCAAGCAGGGCUUCACCGUAGGGGAGUCAGACAACCGCGACGUGGAGGACAUGGAGCUCUCGGAUGAGGAGGCAGAGAACGUCAGUAUCAUAGUUGAGCAGCGAGUUGAAAGUCCCAUCCCAUCUCCAGUCCCCAUUCCUGUGCCUGUUGUCACACAGCCACCACUGGCCACAGAGGCAAAGUCUGUUCCACAGGCCACACCCUCCCCAGCUCUCGUAACCCCUUUGACCCAUGCAACCAACCUAUCAGUCAACCUCGCCAAUGUGGACCUGGGUAAAAUUAGCUCUAUUCUCAGCAGCAUCACAUCUGUCAUGAAGAAACCAGGAGUGAGUCCAGGUGGUUCUUUGGUCUCCCCCUCUCCAGCCAAGACCAUCCCUCCUGCCCCAGUAACCCCCCAGGUAGCCAGCCCUCUGACCAGCAUCCUGUCCAAAGUGGACAUGACUCCUGAGGAGCUCUUCAGUGCACUGUCCGAAUCCCAGGGGCAGGCCAGCGGGCUACAGGGCCUCUCCACUCGUCUGAACAGUCCAGCGGGAAACCUCUCCUCAAACUCCCCCAGUACAGGCAAGCUCCCUCCCUCUGCCUCCACCCCUACAGUACCCUCUCGAGGCCUUCCUCUCACCUCCUCUACGCUCGAACCAACCCCAUCAGCCCCUGCAGUGGGGAACACCACCGCCGUCCCUCAGGCAGCGUCCCUUCCCCAGUCCACACUGCCUCUAGCCAUCGGCCCUCAUAGAGGGCUGGUCCUGGAGCAGGAGAAGGAAGAAAAGCCUUCCGCUUCCAGCCUGGAGUCCAAGAUUCACAGCUUCCUGCAGGGUAAUCCUGGCUUUAAUGCCUUUAACCUGGGCUUGGCUAGCGUGGCCGUCCAAGCGGGAGGCAGCAACCUCAGUCCCUUAGCGGGUACAGAGACCCAGGGGGGCACUCCGGUACGGGACGAGGCCGGAGGAGGCACCCCCACCCUGGAUGAGAUCAUGGAUACUCCGGGAGGAGCAGAGCCCUUCCUGGCCAAACAAGGUCAGGUCUCUGGGAUUCCUAAACCAGAAGAUGGCAGCCUGUCUCUGUCUCCAACUGCCUGCCAUAACCAAGCCUGGCAGGAUCCCAACAACACUCAUGGCCAUUUAGGACAACAUCCAGGAGUGCCUAAUGGUCAAGGGUACCACCAGUUGCCUUAUGAAGGGAAGGAAGAGAUGCGUGGAAUAGCUCCUUCUCUCAGAGAGUCUGGAUUGGCCCAUUACCAGCCCAUCACGACACAGGUGUCAGCCCCAACCCUUGGGGAGGGGUUACUCAGUAACACACCAGGAGGGCCUCCGGCAGGGCCAAACGCCGACGUGAGUGAAGGAGGAUGGUAUGGUAAUCCCUACCCAGAGGGACAGGCCCUGCAUCCCAGCAACCACAACAUGGCUGCCUCAGGUUCAGGAGAUGGCAAAACCCCCAUGUCAGGACUGUAUGCAUACCAGGGGGAGGGGCAGACGCAGCCCUACCAAACAAGGGAUCCUCAUGCUCUGCCUUUCCAACAGGGGGCCAACCCCUCAAGCUUCCUCAACAGCCCUCUGCCCCCCAUUCCCCAGCUGCCCCCACCGCCCUUCCCUGGGAUACCAGCCCCACCGCAGGACUACCAGGGCCCGCCCGCGUCUGUGAUGGUGCCUGUGGAGGGAACUUCACCAAACCCUGAGAUUGAGGAUGACAGGGCGGGCGUCCGUACAUUGGGUGGUCCGGUGAUUAUCAGUGACCCCUAUCACCCUGAUGACUUUCGCCGUCACCCAGAUGACCUCCACGGCCACUCCGAUCUACUCCGUCAGCCUGACGACCUGCAUCACCUUGACGACUUCCAUCGCCAUCCCGGGGACCUCCGCCGGCACCCUCACGAUCUCUGUUUCCCAGACGAUCGCUAUUAUCAGCCAGACGAUUUCCACCAUCUACCUGUAGACGAUCCUCAUUAUCCUUAUAGAGUCAGAGAGCGCCUCACUCCCCCCCUCUCUCCCUCAGAAGACCCUUACUACUAUAACUACCCUCUACGCAGCCCUUCCCCUCCAUAUGGUCACAGACACCCCCUUCCCCCUCACAUGAACCUGCACCACCCUGACCACAUGCCCCUGCCUCCCCAUCCUCUCCACCUAGCUCGCCAUCCACACCUGAGAGGCCUCCCGCGGGGACCCCCACGCCCACCUCUCCGUAGCCCCAUGUUCAGGGGGAAACGGCCUGGGCCUCCUUUCGGUGGACACCCCAGAGGUGGGGGACCAGGUGGUCCGUUCUUUCCCCCCAAAAGACCACACCUACCUCCACGGUUCUGACUUGUCAGCUGACUUGGUUCACAUCAAAUUAGUGCUUAGUCUACCGGAAUGUCAUUGAGGCAGGCGACGUGACACAUGGAGGGUGGAUAAGAUAUGAGUUGGGGAAAGAAGCUGAAGACUUCAGGUGUACUUUUAAACCAAGAAGGGGAGCGGAGAAGAGAACUGAGGAGGAAGGGGAAUAGAUGAGUACAGUUGAAGGAGAAGUGGAGAAGUGGAGGAGUAAAUUGGGAGGAUCUUAAGGAAUCGAAGAGAGGAUGAGUGAAGACGUAGAUACAUGGAUCUGGAGAAAGAGGGAAUGGAGAGGUCGGCCUGAACAACGGAGACGCAGCGGAAUAAAAGAAGAUAAGAGGUGGAUAUAUAAUUCAGUUUGAUUAUUGUUCUCAUUUGUUUGAGUAUAAAACGUUGCAUUAAAUCUUUAGUUAAUUUCCCCCUCUGAAUUAGCUCUAAGCUUGCAUAUAUGCUUGUGUGCAUGCGUUAGCGUGAGUUACAUCUAAGACUACUGUUCAUUAUUUAAACUGCAUUUUAAGACGUUGUUCUUUUGCAAAGUAGGCUUAAGUGUCAGAGAAAGGUAGUUACUGCUAUGUUUCUCUUGUCGUUUUUCAAUUAAAAGUUGAGGUCUACUUUCCCUUUGCAAAGACCUAACCGAGAUCCCAACACCCGAGAUGAUUGCUCCUACGUUGUCUCUUUUUGUUUACACUACAUUUUAUGUAAGUAGACACAAAGAGAAUGUAAACGUAAUAUUAUGUUCUUCUACAAUAUCCGUUUGUGUAGCUGGGGGACAAUGAUAAAUUCCAUAAAUGUUAUGACUUUGAAUAUUAUUUAUAAUUGUUAACCCUUUACUGGCUGUGUCAUCACUUCUCUCAUUUCUCAGAGAAGGAUGACACCAGCACAGGGGUAAUAGAAUAAAACAGUGCUUUGAGGGGGGGGGGGGUGAUAUUUUUGUUGCCCCUAAACGACAAAGAAGAAAAGUUAAUUUUGGAGCUGGAUCAAGGAACUCCACUUUCCGUCUUCAACUAUCUUUUACUUGUACUGGCUUUAAUAAAAACCUGAGUUUGAAAACCGCAUCGGGAGGUUACUUUCUUUCUCAGUCUUGGGAAAUGCCUCUCGCCUGAGUCAUGUUUGCCUUUAAUUCUUCCACCAUGAUUCCUUCCCAUCACCACUUCCACAAUAACAUUGAUGCCCCUCAGGGUUGUGGUCAAUUCAAGUUGUAAACUGAUGUUCCAAUUCAAUAAAAAAUGCAUUAUUGAGAA